CCGGAGAUCCGUGCUGUAGUUGCAAAUGCAGGUAAAUCGGUUCGUAUUUCUUCUCCUGUCGUACGCUGCUCUUUCAUCUACAGCAGACGAUGGUUUCUACCCGCAGGAGACCGCCACGUUUGCACUCAACGCGUCCACAGAUGAGCUAACUCGUGCCGACGUGCUUGCGCGUUUCUCUCAACCGACAGACAGACUUACGUCAUCCUUGAAAUUCCGCUACGAAACGCUCAAAGGUAAACCUAUCUAUGUCUUCGACAGACUCUUUGCUUGGGACUUGCUCUACCUCCUGCAAAUCUACGUUUCCGUGGGCGGUUGGUGGCGUUUUGUCAACGACGACCCUUACCAUACAACUAGAGAAAAGGUGGGAGACAACAUUCAAUGGAUGGCGAGGUUUUCGGCAACGACGUUUGCAAACUCGCGGAUCGGCGUUACACUGCGACAAGCCGUUCAACUGACUGCCGGGAGACCGGAUGUUGCGUAUUACCCGUAUGAGAUCACGUGCAAGAUGGUGAGGCGUGGAGACGACACCAGGCUACACGUGCACGCCAACGCGUCCGACGACGAGUACACCACCGUUGUAUAUCUCAACUACAAAUGGAGAAAGAACGAUUACGGAGAUAUGCUGCUGUUCGACGAGGAGGAGGAAAUCGUCGCUCCGGUUAAGCCUGUGUUCGGACGAGUAAUAGUGUGGCACAGCUCUGUACCAUAUCUGAGUCGUCCUCCGAGCGUCGCCUUUCGAAUGGGGCAGAAAAUACUGUUUAUUCGAUGGACAUCGAAUAGUAGCAAAGUCGUCGAGUAUGAAAAUCGGAGGCUUGUGGAUGUCGAACGGAUAGCAAAGGGUCAAAAGGAAGGAUUCGCAUUGCGUGAUGAGCCACCUGAGAGUGCCGGUGAAUUGAAUAUUGGUGAUUAUGAGACGGCUCGGUUUGCUACUAGAGAGGGACGGAAGAUAUUCGUGUUCGACGAUCUGUUUAAUAGGACUGAGCUCGAUGUCGUCCGUUCGUACAUCAUCGAUUAUGGAAAGUAUUACUACGACGACAGCCUCGAUCGCGACAGCGACAACGUACAGUGGAUAUCCGGGUACGAGAUCGAUGCUUUCGUUGGAACAAAGUACUGGGGUGUCGUCCGGCAGAUAGCGAACUAUGUCUCUGGUGGAUCGGGUGAUUGGUUUCCGUAUGACGUGUCUUGUAAUCUCAUUCGGGCCACUGAUUACACACGGAUACAUCUCGACUGCGACAAGAUAUCUAACGAAUGGACAUUCCUGUUAUAUCUGAAUCCAAACUGGGGUGAAAACGACUACGGGGAAACGGCAUUCUUUGAGACGGAGGACGAUGACACCGAGUUGGUGACUGAAAUAAGACCGAGGUAUGGGCGGGUCACUAUUUUUGAAGGUGCUAUACCGCAUUCUGCACGGCCACCCAGUACUGCGUUUACCGGCGGACGCUAUAGCUUAGCAGUCAAGGUUGCAUCUUCGAAAUUCAGGGCACGUGUCAAUACGUUGAGAGAGAAAACGCAACAUGAAGUCCAGCUCAAAGUAGUAGGCCGAUUUAUGACUAUAUUAGAACAGGGAAAAUUCACCGAUGGUGUCAGGACUUUCUUUCAAAACAAAAUACUAGGUGCGUUGUCUGAGAAGGAGCUGAGCGACUUAGAAAAGGGAAUCGAACCUGAGGAAGAAAGUAAGAAGGAUAGAGAUGAAGACGAAGAUAGAGAUGAUGAUGAUGAUGAUGAUGGCAACGCUGAGCAGGAAUUUGGAGUCAAACCGGGAGAUGAUUCAACACCAAACGAGAUCACAGACGAAGAACAACAAUAUAUUGACUUCUUGGAAGGUGACGAUGAAGACUACCAUGUGUCCAUCGAACGCAUGGCAUACAAUCUGGAAGGCAACCUGGAAGCGAUCGAGGACAAAAUGGUCGAAUUUUCUCAAAGCUAUACCGAUCUCUCUAACGAUUUGAAAAGAAGGAUGGAGGCUCUCCUAUAG